GUAAAUUUGUGUUAUUCUUCAGAUACUUACUUUCAAGACAUAUGAAGUCUCACAGUGAGGAGCGGCCACAUAAAUGUUCUGUCUGUGAAAGAGGAUUCAAAACUUUAGCAUCGCUUCAAAAUCAUGUAAACACACACACGGGCAUUAAACCUCACCGAUGCAAGUUUUGUGAAAGCACUUUUACAACGUCUGGGGAACUUGUUCGGCACGUUCGUUAUAUUCACACUCAUGAGAAGCCACACAAAUGUCCUGACUGUGAUUAUGCCAGCGUAGAACUUAGCAAGUUAAAGCGUCACAUGCGUUGUCAUUCUGGAGAGAGACCAUAUCAGUGUCCGCACUGUACUUAUGCCAGUCCUGACACAUUCAAACUGAAGAGACACUUAAGAAUUCACACAGGAGAAAAACCAUAUGAGUGUGAGAUCUGUCAUGCUCGUUUUACUCAGUCAAAUUCUUUGAAGGCCCACAAGUUGAUACAUACAGGGAACAAGCCGGUAUAUGCCUGUGAGCUAUGCCCAACGACGUGCGGCCGAAAGACUGACCUCAGAAUACACGUGCAGAAGCUCCAUACCUCGGACAAACCCUUGAAAUGCAAAAAAUGUGGCAAAGCCUUCCCAGAUAGGUACACAUUCAAACAACACAAUAAGUCUCAUGAAGGGGAAAAGUGUUUCAAGUGUGAUUUGUGUCCUUAUGCCUCAGCUUCUGCAAGACAUCUAGAGUCCCAUAUGCUUGUUCAUACAGAACAGAAACCUUACCAAUGUGAUCAGUGUGACCAGGCAUUCCGUCAGAAACAGUUGCUGAAAAGGCACCAAAACUUAUACCAUAAUCCAGAAUACAUCCCACCCAUGCCCAGAGAAAAAACACAAGAGUGCCCAGAAUGUGGCAAGACAUUUAGGCAUAAAGGUAACCUCAUUAGACAUAUGGCUAUCCAUGAUCCUGAUGCUUCAGCAAAAGAAAAGGCACAAGCACUCAAGUUUGGAAGACAGAAAAGAUUACAAAUUAUAAAUGGUCAACAGAGUUAA